GUCGGUGCCGUCAACUUGCAAUGAUGUUGUUGCUUCUCGCGUGCCAUUUCGUUCGUUAUAAUAAAUACUUAGUCUUCCCUUGUCGCACUCUUAGACUUUUGUAGUCGCAAACCCAUUCCACGACCGCGCCAGCACCUAUCAAUCUCCAUCGCCCGUCCGUGCGCACGCAUCACGAGUCAACAUGCCCGAGGUCGAGGGCGGCGCAGUACCGACGCAGAGCAAAGGUUCAUGGUCUUCAUUCCUCAAGUCGAUUGCCUCGUUCAAUGGCGAUCUUUCCUCCUUGACUGCCCCUGCCUUCAUACUUUCUACCCAGUCUCUCGUCGAGUUCUCUGCGUACUGGGCUGAAAACACUUCGUUGUUCGUCGCGCCGACCCAAGAGCAGGAUCCAGCCAAGCGGGCCUUGUUGGUGGUGAAAUGGCUGCUCAAUACGCUCAAACAACAGUAUUGUUCAAGAUCAGAAAAGUUGGGAUCUGAGAAGAAACCAUUGAACCCAUUCCUGGGCGAGUUGUUUCUGGGUUCCUGGGACGAUGAAUUCGGCCAAACACGACUUGUGUCCGAACAAGUCAGCCACCACCCUCCUGUCACUGCCUACUGCAUCACCAACGACAAGUACCGCAUCCGACUACAGGGCUAUAACGGGCAAAAGGCCAGCUUUAGUAGAACAAUACACGUCAAGCAAAUUGGACAUGCUUUGUUAACCCUCUACCCACCCGGCAGCGACAUUCCCGAGACCUAUUUGAUCACCUUACCUGCGCUUCAUAUCGAGAACCUCAUCUACGGUGCACCGUUCGUCGAAUUAGGCAAGUUUAUACACAUUGCCUCGACCAGUGGCUACGUAGCCAAGAUUGACUUUUCCGGGAGAGGCUGGUUAUCAGGCAAGAAGAACACCUUCACAGCUUCGUUGUGGAAGGAUGGUGAAGGAUCUGAAAAGAGCCCCAUCUUCACCGGAGACGGACAAUGGUCGGAAUCCUUCACAUUAAAGGAAGGGGAGGGCAAGAGGGCGAAAGAGAUUAUUACGUUCGCACCAAAGGAUGCUAACUUGGCCAAACUUAAUGUCGCUCCGGUCGACCAGCAAGACCUUUUUGAAAGUCGAAGGGCUUGGAGUAAUGUGGCGCAGAGUAUCGAGAAAGGUGAUAUGGAUGCUGCUUCCCACUUCAAAUCGAGGAUCGAGAACGCGCAACGAGCUCUUCGCAAAAAGGAACAGGAGGAAGGUCGCAAGUGGGAAAGAGUUUUCUUCUCUCAAGCCGACCCCAACGACAAUCUCGAAGUGGCGUUCCAGAAACUAGUACAGACAAUCACAAACCAGGGUCUCAGCAGCUGGGAAGGUGUUGCUCCCGACAAGACUGCUGGCGUUUGGAGAUAUGAUGACAAGAGGGCUGCUGUUGCAAAGAAACCCUUCCAUGCUGAAGGAUUGCUGGCGCUGGGAGAAAAUCCAGACGGUACAUCUGCACCAGUGAGUAGAACGACGACGAACCAAAGUGCAACUAAAGCUGGAUGAGGUAGAUAUGAUAGAGGUGGUUCGUUUUGAUCAUAGACAGGAAAGACAGGAAAGACAGGACUGUCGCCAGGAGGAGGUUCGGAAGUGUAACUUGGCUGUAUCAUUAGCUUCUGCUCGAUUAGAUGCAAUGUUUUCGAUGAGAACUCAUCCUUUCGAGCAUCCCGCGCCUUUGUGUUCUCAACUUACAGUACAAGUAUGUCAACGUAUGCGACCAACAUAACCUCUGGCUGAUGUCAC